AUGGAUGUCAAGUGCCGGCGUCUGGAGGGGAAGGUGGCCGUCGUGACGGCGUCCACGCAGGGGAUCGGCCUCGCCAUCGCCGAGCGCUUCGGCCUGGAGGGCGCCGCCGUCGUCAUCUCCUCCCGCAAGCAGAAGAACGUGAACGAGGCGGUGGAGGGGCUCAGGGCCAAGGGUAUCACCGCGGUGGGCGCCGUCUGCCACGUCUCCGACGCACAGCAGCGCAAGAGCCUCAUCGAGACGGCCGUCAAGAGCUUUGGGCACAUUGAUAUUCUUGUCUCCAACGCUGCUGCAAAUCCUACUGUAGAUGGCAUACUUGAAAUGAAAGAGGCUGUUCUCGAUAAGCUGUGGGAUAUUAACGUCAAGGCUUCUAUCCUACUUCUUCAGGAUGCUGCUCCCCACCUACGGAAGGGGUCAUCUGUGAUUAUCAUUUCUUCAAUUGCUGGUUACAAUCCAGAACAAGGAUUGACAAUGUAUGGUGUCACAAAGACUGCUCUCUUUGGUCUCACAAAGGCUCUUGCUGGUGAGAUGGGACCCAAUACUCGUGUUAACUGUAUAGCCCCUGGUUUUGUUCCUACACGGUUUGCUAGUUUCCUCACAGAAAAUGAGAGCAUUAGGAAAGAGCUUAACGAGAGGAGCAAGCUUAGGAGAUUGGGUACUGUGGAGGACAUGGCUGCGGCUGCCGCAUUCCUGGCAUCUGACGAUGCAUCAUACAUGACAGCUGAAACAAUUGUUGUUGCUGGAGGGACACAGUCUAGGCUGUAA